AUGAAAAAGUAAUCGGCCAAAUAUUCAAAAACAGAGCCAUCUGCAAGAAGAUCAAAUAAAUCGCCUACAAAUCCUAAUGGAAAUCCAAAACCUGAGGAUCUGCUUACUCAAAGUAUAGUAAAUUAAGAACUCUUAAAAACUCAAUAAUCUUUUCGUAGCUCAACUGGUCCAUAAGGAUAGACUCCAUCAAUAAGGUAAACUGAAAUGUUAUUGUAGUAGUUCUAAAGUGACACAAUCAGUAACAUCUCCUGUUAGAAAUUCAUAGAAAAGACCAUCACAAAUAAUAUCAAAACAGUAAUUAUAAAACAUGCAUGAACGUUCUAUAAUCAAAGUUCUUGGAAUGAGUAUGGAGGCAGUAUGUCCAAAAAAGAAUCAUGAAAAAAAUAAGAUGCUCUACAUUUGUUAAUAUGGAGAUUGUAAGGCAGACAGUAGAUUAGGAUGUUCAUAUUGUUUAGUAGAAUCUCAUAAUGAUCAUUCAUCAUAAAUAAUGGAAGUUUAAACUUUUUGUAAGAUAUUUGAUGAUAGAAAGAAACAAGUAUUUACAAAAUUGAUAUUUUAGUUUAAAAAUAUGAGCGAUACAAUACUUUAAGUACCAGAUAAGACUGCUUAAGUAAGUCAAUUCUUUGAAUAGCUAAGAGAUUAAAUAUUUGAUAGAUUGAAAUAAAUAGAAAGAAAUAUUUUGCAAUCAAUAUAGGAAUAAUUGGCAUGGAAACCAUUAUAAAAGGAGAUUAUAAAUAGAGUAGAGAUUCUAAGUUCCAAACUAGUUUUUGAUAUGACAUAUGAAGAAUUGAAGGAAAGUUUAGAAUUUAUUUAGGGUAAACAUUUCAAAGAAUUGGAAUAUAUAAAAUAAGAGACAAAUAAUUAUUUAAGUUAAAAAAUAUCCUUAGUUGAACAUAUUUGGAAUGAUUAUAAAAUUUAAUUAGAAACAGAUAUAACAAAUUAACUUAAUGAUUAUAAUAAGGUAAUGUUUGUGGAUCCAUAAAGCAAAGAAUUUGCAGAAUAUAAGAUGCAAUUUUUCUAAUAAAAGUAAUUGAAAGUAAAUGAAUUGAGUUAACCAUUUCAAUAAUAAUUAGAAAUGUUUAAAGAAGAAGAAAGAAAAGCAGAAGAGAAGAAAUAAGAAGAAAUUAGAAUACAAUAAUAAAUAGAAUAGAGAAAGAAGGAAGAGGAGAUUAAAAAAGAAAAAGAAAGAUAAAAAUAAAUAUAAGAAUAAAUUAUUAAAUAAAAAGAAAGUUAAAAGAAUUCUGAAAGAUAAAGUGAAAGAGAUAAAUUACUUAAAACAUUUCCUUAUAAAUUAUAUACUGAAGAUUGUUCACAUAGAACUAAAUGCAACACAAUACCUAUUUUUUAAUGUUGUAAUAAGGCAUAUCCUUGUUCAUAAUGUCAUGGAUUUGCUGCUCAUCCUCCUAGAAUUUAAGUUCCAAGUUAUAGAUAUUGUAUGAAAUGUCUUGAAAUUUAUUUGGUUAUGUAUCCAACAAAUUAGGCCAUUAAUUGUCUGAAAUGUUAAAAGUGA